UAUCAUUUGGAAGCAAUGAGUUUAAAACCCUUCACCUACCCGUUUCCAGAGACGAGGUUUCUUCACGCAGGACCCAAUGUAUAUAAAUUCAAAAUUAGAUAUGGCAACAGUAUCAGAGGGGAAGAGAUAGAAGAUAAGGAAGUCAUCCUCAAGGAGCUGGAGGAUUCUAUUCGUGUGGUCUUGGGAAACUUGGACAAUCUGCAGCCAUUUGCUACAGAACACUUCAUUGUAUUUCCCUAUAAAAGCAAAUGGGAAAGAGUGUCCCACCUGAAAUUCAAAUAUGGGGAAAUCGUCUUGGCCCCCUAUCCAUUUGUUUUUACUCUGUAUGUGGAGAUGAAAUGGUUUCAUGAAAACCCGUCACCUGGGAAACCAAUAAAUGACAGUCCUCUUGGAUUGGAGUCUGGUUCCUCUCUGAAGGUGCCGGCGGAGACGAAAGCAGCAGGAGCCAUGAUGAGGAAACGAGCACGAGUGGAAGUACGCAGCCCCCUGCACAGUCCAGAGCUGGACAGGGCCAAGAUGGGGAUUUCCAGCCAAGGCCCCAGCGAAAAGAGGCCCCUUAUGGAAACCAGGAGGAACAUGGAAAGAAAAACCAAGCAGAAAUGUCAGGAGAGCCCAACGUUUGAUAUCACUGAUGUCCAGGAACAGGAUUCUAAGCUGGGGGACAGCCUAGUGGGACAGGUCAUCCCCCCAUUGCAGCAAGACAAUCCAUCUCCACCGGAAAGACCCGCAGAGCUGGCAACCAAUGGCUUCUUUGGAUUUCUAAGCUCUCUAUUCCCCUUUCGUUAUUUCUUCGGAAAGAGCAGCCGGUGA